UAAAAUUGAAUUUGGGUAAGUCACAUAGUAGAAAUACCCCAAAUGUAUAUAAUACAACGAAUAAAACUUUAACCACUGAACAAUCAGGCUAAUUUCCUCUUGUGAUAAUACCGUCACUUGUUUAGAGCCUUUAAAAAUAGUUUCCCAUCCUGUUUUAGACCUUGCCAAAGCUUGCUAGAGAAGCGGUUACCAAAUGAGUUUUCCCGCCAGUUUUUUCUUUCAGUCUUCAAUUAGGUCCGAUUCUUCGUUUUUAUGAGCAGACAUAGCACACAGGCACUCAAUAGGCAUCAGUAAAGCUUUUGUGAAUUUAGUAUUGUCCAGUAAUCAACUCACAAUGUCUGGACGUGGCAAGGGAGGCAAAGGUCUUGGCAAAGGCGGUGCCAAGCGCCACCGCAAGGUGCUGCGCGACAACAUCCAGGGCAUCACCAAGCCUGCCAUCCGCCGCCUGGCCCGCCGCGGUGGCGUCAAACGCAUCUCCGGUCUCAUCUAUGAGGAGACUAGAGGCGUUCUCAAGGUCUUCCUGGAGAACGUGAUCCGCGAUGCUGUCACCUACACGGAGCACGCCAAACGCAAGACAGUCACUGCCAUGGAUGUGGUCUACGCGCUCAAGCGCCAGGGACGCACCCUCUAUGGUUUUGGGGGCUAAUUGUGUUUUUUGAUAUCUAUGCAUAUCUAAAGGUCCUUUUUAGGGCCACCUCCUUUAUCUGUUAAGGAGCUCAAACACUUGAUCCUUAUGAGACGGGAUUCUGGGUGCUUUGUUGGUAUUCAGACAGAAACUAACUAACCUAACCUAACCUACCCUAAACUAAAGCUAACCUAAUGCUGUUUGUGGAAUUUGGACCCUGAUGUCUGUGAAUACAUAGGUUUCAUAGACAAUGUGAAGGGAUGUGUGUUUUUAUUUGUUGCCUGGCCAAGUCGCUAUGAUUUAAACAUUUGGACUACUACUUUGAAGCUGCUGGCAGCUUAAAAGCUUUGUUGUUGGUCACCAGGCUUAAGUAUGUUUGUUUAGUAACACUUUUAAAGCUUUACUCUGUAGAGUGUAUUUUUUUCUUCUGUUCUUGCCAUUCAUUAAAAUGCUUGUUCAAGUACUCUCAGAAUAAAACCGUGCUAAAAUAUUCUCAUAUGUGGCUAUUUGCCAAGAA